AUGUUCGCCGCUCGCCAGUCCCUCAACCUCUUCCAGAAGCGGGCUUUCUCUGCUUCCGCCAGCCAGGCCUCCAAGGUCGCCGUUCUCGGUGCUGGUGGUGGCAUUGGCCAGCCCCUCUCUCUCCUCUUGAAGCUCAACCCCCGUGUCUCCGAGCUCUCCCUCUAUGACAUCCGCGGUGCCCCUGGUGUCGCUGCUGACCUCGGUCACAUCAACACCAACAGCACUGUCACCGGCUACGACCCCUCCUCGAACUCUGGCCUCAGCGAUGCCCUCAAGAACUCUGAGAUCGUCCUCAUCCCUGCUGGUGUUCCCCGUAAGCCCGGCAUGACCCGUGACGACCUCUUCAACACCAACGCUUCUAUCGUCCGUGACCUCGCCAAGGCUGCUGCUGACGCCGCCCCCAACGCCAAUGUCCUGGUCAUCUCCAACCCUGUUAACUCUACCGUCCCCAUCGUCUCUGAGGUCUACAAGUCCAAGGGUGUCUACAACCCCCAGCGUCUUUUCGGUGUCACCACCCUCGACGUUGUCCGUGCUUCUCGCUUCAUCUCCCAGCUCAAGGGCACCGACCCCGCCAACGAGAAGGUCCCCGUUGUCGGUGGUCACUCUGGUGUCACCAUCGUCCCCCUCCUCUCCCAGUCCAACCACGCCGACAUCGAAGGUACCCCCCGCGAUGAGCUCGUGAACCGCAUCCAGUUCGGUGGUGACGAGGUCGUCAAGGCCAAGGACGGUGCCGGUUCCGCUACUCUCUCCAUGGCUUUCGCCGGUGCCCGCUUCGCCGAGUCCCUCCUCCGGGCCGCCCAGGGCGAGAAGGGUGUCGUCGAACCCACUUUCGUUGAGUCCCCUCUCUACAAGGACCAGGGUGUCGACUUCUUCGCCUCCAAGGUCGAGCUCGGCCCCAACGGUGCUGAGAAGAUCCACCCCGUCGGCAACGUCACCGCCUACGAGCAGAGCCUCCUUGAGGCCUGCCUUGGUGACCUUAAGAAGAACAUCCAGAAGGGUAUUGACUUCGUCAAGGCCAACCCUUAA